AUGUUUGAUGUAGUAAGAGUAAUGGUUCGAGCAGGUACUAAACGUAUUAAAUUAAAUGCUGUUGUUUGUAAUCAUGUUAACACUUCCAUAUACACACCUGGUCUACACAACUUGUAUCUGCGAUUGCAAGAACGAGGUGUUAAACUGGCAGAUAAAAAUACUGAAUCAGAUACCCUCAGUGAUAUAGAACCUUUGAGUCUAAACCAGUCAUGUUUGAUCAAUACCAGUGUUUUAGAUGAGUAUGUUAAGUUAGGAUUUAUUGAGGAGGUAAAGUUAGAAGAGAACUCCUUUGAUCCAGUUGAUGGCAUCAAUUAUUAUUUACCUCACCACCCAGUUUUUAAGGAAUCUGCUACGACUCCAAUUAGGAUAGUUUUCAAUGCAAGUAGUAAGGAGUCACACCAUGCAAAGUCCGUCAAUGAUUGUUUACCUGCGGGACCUAGUCUGGCGACGAAAUUGACAGAUAUGCUGCUGGAAUUUCGUCAGAACAAAUAUGCUGUAGUAGCAGACAUAAAACUCAAUACCAUCGUCGCCGAAGCCGAGAACAUCAUCAAUAACAGGCCACUAACAUAUGUCAACGAAGAUAACGCCGACACCCCGCUCACCCCUGCCAAACUCUUAUACGGCAGAACUAUUACAAUGGCUCCUCCUUUGAACAAGUUCGUCGACGUACCUUUCAAUGAGAACGUCGAAUUGAGGGAGAACUAUGCAAGACUGUCAGAAUUUACCUCUACAGCGGCUCCAACCACAACUCCAGCUCUAACUACAACUCAGGCUCCAUUCACAACUCCAGCUCCAGCCACAACUACAGCUUCAGCCACAUCAACUACAGAUACAACUACAACCAGUCCAACUCCAAUCACAGAAACUCCCACCCUAACUAAUUUAACUCCUAUCACAACAAAUACAAUAACAACAACUCCAACGCCAGUAACAACAACUCAAACUCCAAUAACAACAACUGCAACCACAACCAUAACAACUGCAACUCCAUUAACUACUCCAACCACAACUCCAACCACAACCACAACAACUCCAACGCCAAUAACAACUGAAACUCCAAUAACAACAAAUCCAACUCCAACCACAACCACAACUCCAAUGCCAGUAACAACAACUGAAACUCCAAUAACAACAACUCCAACCACAACCACAACAACUGCAACUCCAAUAACAACACCUCCAACCACAACUCCAACCACAACCACAACAACUGCAACUCCAAUAACAACACCUCCAACCACAACCACAACAACUGCAACUCCAAUAACAACACCUCCAACCACAACUCCAACCACAACCACAACAACUCCAACGCCAAUACAACAACUGAAACUCCAAUAA